CUCCUCCUCCUCCUCCUCCCCGUCCUUCCCCCCCGGCCGCGGCAGCGCUGCGGGGCCAUGGACUGGCAGGUGCUGACCAGGGAGCUCUCGCUGUACCUGGAGAGCCAGGUGCGCGUGGGGCUGUUCGGCUCCGGCGUGGGCUUGUCCCUCGUGCUGGGAUUCGGCGUCGCCUACGCCUGCUACUACCUCAGCAGCAUCGCCAAGAAACCCCAGCUGGUGGCCAGCAACGACCAUUUUUGCCGCUUUCUUGAGGAAUAUUGCCCUGUUGUGACAGAAACUUACUAUCCCACAAUUUGGUGCUGGGAAGGUCGAGUGCAGACGCUCCUGCGUCCCUUUAUCACCUCUAGACCCCAAGUACAGUACAGAAACGAGCUCAUUAAAACAGCAGAUGGAGGACAGAUUUCGUUGGAUUGGUUUGAUAAUAACGACAGCUUAUAUUAUCCGGAUGCCAGCACAAGACCCACUGUCCUGUUAUUGCCUGGCCUGACCGGAACAAGCAAGGAAUCCUACAUUCUUCAUAUGAUCCAUCAAAGUGAAACCCUGGGAUAUAGAUGUGUGGUUUUUAACAAUCGGGGAAUUGCUGGCGAGGAGCUUUUGACACCAAGGACUUACUGUGCAGCGAACACAGAGGAUUUAGAGGCCGUAAUUCAUCACGUACACAGCUUGCACCCCUCAGCACCGUUCAUGGCAGCCGGUGUUUCUAUGGGAGGCAUGCUUCUUUUAAAUUACCUGGGCAAAACUGGCAGAGACACUCCUUUAAUGGCAGCUGCAAUUUUCUCUGCGGGUUGGAAUGUUUUUGAAUCUGUAGAAUCUCUGGAGAAGCCGCUAAACUGGCUUCUUUUCAACUAUUACUUGACUACUUGUCUACAGUCCUCUAUCAGCAGGCAUCGAAAAAUGUUGGAGAAAUUAUUUGAUAUGGAUCUUGUGAUGAAGGCUAGAACUGUUAGAGAAUUUGAUAAGCAGUUCACUUCAGUCAUGUUUGGCUACCCUACAAUUGAUGAUUACUAUGAAGAUGCUAGCCCGUGCCGCAAGCUGAAGUCAGUAGGAAUUCCAGUUUUAUGUCUAAACUCUAUGGAUGAUGUUUUCUCACCAGGUCACGCUAUACCAGUAGAAACUGCCAGACAAAAUGCAAACGUUGCUUUGGUCCUGACUUCGUGCGGAGGCCACAUUGGUUUUCUGGAAGGAAUUUGGCCAAGGAAGUGCACUUACAUGGACAGAGUCUUCAAGCAGUUUGUGCAAGCUGUGUUUGAGCACGGGAACAAAAUCUUUAGCAUGUAGCUUCGGACCGCUAUUAUAACACAGUGGCACGUUCUGACAAGGGCAGUUAAGCUUAAUGCACAAAUUUAACUCCUGUAAGCCAGCAAAUGGAUAAAGUCCAUUACUACAUGCAAAAAUAUUUUUUGCCUAAGAUUUUGUAGCAAGAAACUAAGUUUUAUGUUGUCACUUUUAUAUUUAUUUUUAAUAUGCCUUACUAAGAAUGACCUUAAAUGAAACAGCAUUCUGCAUACAUCAAAUUGCACUUAUCCAAACCCAUCAAGUAAAUGGAUUAUAAUUCCUCAGGAUUUUCAUUUAAACCAGUAUUUAUUUAGGAGGCUUAAUUUAGGUGGCUUCUAAUAUUAGAAGGGCAACACUUAAAAUAGUAUAUAUUAUCCUGUCACAUGUAGUACAAGUUGGCCCAUUCCUUAGGGCACUGAUGGUGAGAAUCUUUAAACGUGAAAACAAAAGGAGGAGGGAACACAAAGAAUCACUGGUUCUUUAAAUAAGUCAAAAUUUCAGCAUGUUAUUCUAUAGCAUUAGGAUGAUACCUGCUUUUGCUGUUCUAAUUGAGAGUAUCCAGAUUUAGGGCCAGUUACUGUUUUUUAAACUACGUCAAUGCCAUACAUGUCUUACAUGAUUAUUUUUUAAACAGCUAAUUUAUAGUGUUUACAUAUAACCAAAAGGUUCCUUUAAAACAGUACUGUAAUAACUUAUGUAAUUAAAAGACAUCUCAUGUUUCAAAGUUCAUGUAAAGCUGGGUGUUGUCAUAGAUUGUAAUACAUACUUGGUAUAACUGGUAAACUUGAUGAUUCUAUCUGUUAUGUUUAUAUACUAUUACCCUGCAAGAACAUUUUAGUUUUAAAGAAUAAACAUUAGAACGUCAGGAAAUUACUAUAUAAUCUGCUUUACAUAAAAAAAAUAAUUAUCCAAA